AUGCCACAGUAUAUUGGAGCUAUCGAUCAGGGGACAACGUCCACUCGUUUCUUGAUCUUUGACCAAGCCGGAAAUCAUGUCACAUCACAUCAACUCGAAUUUGAGCAGAUAUAUCCUCGCCCAGGUUGGAUUGAGCAUGAUCCGUAUGACUUGCUGGAUUCCGUCAUUCGUUGCUCUGAUGAGGCAGUAAGAAAAUUCGGUAUGAUGGGUCAUGAUAUUACUGAUUUAAAAGCUGUCGGUAUUUGUAACCAAAGAGAAACAACACUAAUUUGGGAUCGUAAGACUGGUGAGCCGCUGUACAAUGCGAUUGUUUGGGGCGAUACUCGUACAAACAACCUCGUCAAAGAGCUUGCAGAGAAACAAACAGACUUCAAUGUGCAAGAAAUCUGCGGUUUGCCUAUUCACAAUUAUUUUUCCGCUGUCAAGGUGCGAUGGUUGAUGGACAGAAUUCCAAAGGUGAAAUUUGCUGUGGAGAAUAAUCGGGCCAUGUUUGGCACUGUGGAUACAUGGUUAAUAUGGAAUUUGACAGGUGGCAUUCAAGCUGGAAAACACAUUACUGAUGUAACAAAUGCAAGUCGUACAAUGUUCAUGAAUUUGAAAUCACGCGAAUGGGAUCAACGUUUGUUGGAUUUCUUUGGUGUACCUUCUCACAUUUUACCGAAAAUUGUAUCGUCUGCCGAGAACUAUGGAAAUAUGGCAUGGGGACCUUUGGAAGGUGUUCCCAUCAUGGGCUGUUUGGGAGAUCAGCAAGCUGCUUUGGUCGGUCAGAAAUGUUUCGAGGUGGGUGAUGCCAAGAACACAUAUGGCACGGGUGCUUUCUUGCUGAUGAAUGUCGGUGAAUCGCCUGUGCUCUCCAAGAGUGGUUUACUAUCAACCGUUGGCUACCAGUUCGGUCCUGAUGGCCCUGUUUCUUAUGCUUUAGAAGGUUCUAUCAGUGUUGCUGGUGCCGCUGUCAAAUGGCUUAGAGACAAUUUAGAACUGAUCAAGACUUCAGACGAUAUCGACGCUCUUGCAGCAAAGGUGAAAACAACAGGCGGUGUCUUUUUUGUUACUGCAUUUUCUGGUCUCUUUUCUCCCUACUGGCGUGAUGAUGCUCGUGGUACUCUAGUGGGCUUGACACAAUACACCACAAAAUGUCAUUUGGCCAGAGCCACAUUGGAAGCUGUAUGCUUCUCAACUCGCGCUAUUUUGGAAGCGAUGAAAGCCGAUGGAGAUGUGCCCUUGAAAAUGCUCAAGGCUGAUGGUGGUAUGUCAAAUUCAGAUCAGUGUAUGCAAAUCCAAGCAGAUGUUCUGGGUAUUCCAGUUAUCCGUCCUGGUAUGAAUGAUACAAGUGCACUUGGUGCUGCAUAUGCUGCAGGCUACGCUGCUGGUAUUUGGAAAGAUAUGAAGGAUAUCAAAAAGGGUUCUGUUGAUCGAGAAGAUGUGUUUAAUGCCAAGUGGGAUGAUGAAGACCGUGAACGUAAAUACAAACAGUGGGAGGAAGCUGUUCAAAGAAGUUUUGGAUGGACUGAUGUCUAUAAACCUGCUGAUCGAAUCCUGUAA